CCGCCUCUUACGCUUCCCCCGCUUUCUCUCGAGUGCAGCCCGCAGAAUCAUGCACUACUUAAACCCUGCGUGUGUAUCCAUGGUUGACCCCUAACCAUCUACCAGAUUCUCAGUCAGAGAGACCAGUGCUGCUAGCUGAAACGUCUAACGUACUGUACUGUCGACAUCGAGGAACCCACUAAACCAGACCAACCUGCAAGUCAAACUAUACAGCAUAUUAUCUAUCCACCAUGCCUCAUCAUUGCACCGUCUGCAAAGACACCGUGAAGCCGACCUGCUUCCACCACGGUCACGUGACCAGAUGCCGCGCGCCCACCUGCAAGCUCGUCUACCAGAGCUCCCGCGAGAAGGACUGCCCCUACUGCCGGAAUGCGACGCAGAAGCGGGCGGCCCGCGAGGGUAGUAUUCCCAAGGACGAGGGUGAUGAUGCACUGACCGAGUCUGCUGGCGGUGAUGGGAGCGAUAAGGAGAAUGCCCCUCCUUCUGCUGACGGAGCGCGAGCCCAGAAGCAGCAGAAGCAGCAGAAAAAAAAGAAGAAGAAGGGCAAGCACGUGCGCGAGACCCGCAGGUUGAAGGAUAUUCGGCGUGGGAGGCGGUUGAAUUAG